AGGCGGGCGGGAAUAUGCUUCCUGGUGUAAAUAUGUAUACUUAUGCAACAAAAAGGUCGAUUGUUUUACCCGCGCUUUUCUCACGUGCUUCCUGGAAGAAAACAAUCCUUCUUGACUGACACAAGUUCAAAGUACAAACUGUACGUGGGAUUAAGUAAUUGUUUAAUUCCUUAUAAAUACACAACGGGUGUCCUACAAGCCACACAGGUAAAACAAGUGAAACUUAGAGUUAAUAGUUUAUUAAAUAACUAACGCUGAACAAACGACCGACAUACAUCAUGCCCGUUGACGCUAGAAACUUCGCUGAAGAUUUUGACAGAAAUGGUUACGCCACUUCUUUAGACGUUCUACAAGAGCGGGAAAUUCAGGAACUAAAAGACAAUUUCGAUAACUUAGAAAAAAGCAUAGGAAAAGAGAACGCUCAAUAUUCAUUACAUAAUAUUCACACGAAAUACCCAUGGGUCUUGAAGCUGAGCAGCCAUCCCGGGGUACUAGCGCCACUCCAGGCCAUUCUUGGCAAUGAUUUAAUUCUGUUAGACUCACGAUUUAUCUGUAAAUAUCCUAGCCAGGAAUUACAAGAAGACGGCAGUGAUGAAAAAUUUGUAGCUUGGCAUCAGGACGUCAGAUAUUGGGGUAUAGAAGGAGAUGUGAUCAGUGUUUGGUUAGCUGUGGAUGAUGCUGAUGUAGACAACGGUUGUAUGGUUGUUGUUCCCAGUACACACAAAGAUGGUAUACUAGAGCAUAAAGCCGCGUCUCAAAAAGGAAAUAUGUUGACUUCAAACCAAGAAAUCCCUUCUAAUCUGUUCGAUGCGACUAAAUCUGUUCCCUGUCCAUUAAAAGCUGGUCAAAUGUCUUUACAUCAUGGUCAUCUUGUUCACGGAAGUGAACCCAAUCGUUCAUCCCGCAGACGAUGUGGUUUCGUCAUUCGGUAUGUUUUAACAAAAGCUCAUCCAAUAGACGACCCAGAAAGACCACGGAAAUUCGAAUCGACAGUUCUGAUUAGCGGAGAAGAUAAAUUUGGGAACUUUGCUGAUAAUUCUCCUGAAUGGUUCACCUGGAGAGAUUAAUGCAAUUAAUUUUUUUUAUAUUUGAAAGUUCCUAUCAUUCUUUCAUUCUUAAAGAUCCCAUUAUUCAUCCAUAACCAUUUAAUAGCUUCUUUGUAUUUUUCUUAUUAUAGGUCACCUGGACUUGAUUACAAUACACGUUUUGGUGAUCUAGGCUAUAAUGAUCUUUUAUAUAUGUAUUUUUAUACUUUUAUAAGCACUGUAAUGUGGAAUUAAACAUUGCUAAUUAAAACAAAAAUGCGAUAUCGAAUAGAUAAAGUUCAAAACCAGUUGUAUUGAUCUUCAAUAAGACAUUAGACCUGUAAUUAAUGCCAAUAUCAUGGGCUAUAAUAAAAUUGAAGCAUUAUUACUCUACAAUAUUUGAUAAGACUUGUAGUCAUUAAUGAAAAAACCAAAGAACAAAAUCUCACCAUUUCUAUGUAAUUUGUUUAAUGUAUUAUUAAUAUUUGUUUAGCCGAACUCAUACGUGUAACAUAUAACUCAUUGAAUCUUAAUUUAUUUUAAUUCUCGUGAAUGAAUCAUAAUAUAUAUGUAUAAAUAAACCUAUGAAUAUGAUUAUUAAUAAUCUGUCAUUAAAUGUACCACUUGCUUGUAAAUAAAGCUAUACAUAAAAUUCAA